CCUCUCUGCGCCGCCGGACAACGCCAUGAAGCCGGCGGUGCUGGAAGUAAUGAGGAUGAACCGGGUGUGCAGGAUGGUCCUGGUCACUUCCGUGGGCUCCUUCAUCCUCGUCAUCUUCUAUUUCCAAAUAAUGCGUAGAAAUCCAUUUGGGAUGGACAUUUGCUGUCGGAAAGGAUCCAGAAGCCCACUCCAGGAACUGUAUAAUCCCACCCAGUUGUCCAACACAGCAAUUCUUCAUCAGAUCAGGCGAGAUCAAGUGACAGACACGUGCCGAGCAAACAGCGUGUCCAGCAGGAAGCGCCGUGUGCUGACACCCAACGAUCUCAAGCAUCUGGUUGUGGAUGAAGAUCAUGAAAUGAUCUAUUGCUAUGUUCCCAAAGUGGCCUGCACAAACUGGAAGAGAGUCAUGAUGGUUUUGACGGGAAGAGGCAAGUACAGCGAUCCGAUGGAAAUCCCGGCCAACGAAGCCCACGUGUCUUCAAACCUGAAGACCCUCAACCAGUACAGCAUCCCAGAGAUCAACCACCGCUUGAAAAACUACAUGAAGUUCCUCUUUGUUCGCGAGCCUUUUGAAAGACUGGUGUCAGCCUACAGGAACAAGUUCACCCAGAAGUACAACACUUCCUUCCACAAGCGAUACGGCACCAAAAUCGUGAGGCGCCAGAGGAAAAACGCAACACAGGAAGCUCUGCGGAAAGGUGAUGACGUGAAAUUUGAAGAGUUCGUGGCUUAUCUCAUCGACCCACACACCCAAAGAGAAGAGCCCUUCAACGAGCACUGGCAGACUGUGUACUCCCUCUGCCACCCUUGCCACAUCCACUACGACCUCAUAGGAAAGUACGAAACACUCGAAGAGGAUUCGAAUUACAUUCUCCAGCUGGCGGGAGUAGGCAACUACCUGAAAUUCCCCACCUAUGCAAAGUCUACGAGAACUACUGAUGAAAUGACCACAGAGUUCUUCCAGAACAUCAGCUCCUUGCACCAAACGCAGCUGUAUGAAGUCUACAAACUUGAUUUUUUAAUGUUUAAUUACUCAGUGCCAAGCUACCUGAAAUUGGAAUGAGGGAUGGGUUGGGGGGAAAGAGGGGAGAGAAAGCCUGUUUUAUUUAAGAUUUUUAUUUGUCAUAAUAAAUAUGGAGAAUGGGUUAUUUUGUAAAUUAAUAUUUUCUUUUUUUGAAUGAUGCUGCGAGCAGCACAGUCAAAAUUAUUUAAAUCAACUGUAAGAAAGGACAGCUCUCUUUGCAGGGUAACAGGAUUGUGACGAUCUAGCUGUAGAAAUUAAUAAUACUGCUACACUGUUUAAACAAAUGUUAAUUGUGUUCUGGUGAAUUUCAUUGAUCUUGCAUUCCUCCAGUUCUAAUUAAUGUUAUUUAUACUUAUUUAAAACAUUGUCUCUUGGUAGGUUUCACUUCAGCAGCAGAGAUAAGGUAACGUGGACAAAAGGAGUCUGGUUUUGUGCUUUCCUCGAUCGAGCUUGUUCUGGGUAAUAAUAUUCUUCCAUUAGCCAUUGAUGCGGGUAAAUACAUGAAUGGUUCUGGAUAACACACGCUUUGAGAAAAGUGGUGAAAGUGAGUUCUUUAGAAAGUGAUGUGGCACUCAAUACCAGUACAAAAUCUAUCUUUCUAGGCCCAAAAAGGAAAAGUAUCUCAGAUUUGGGUAGAUUCAUGAUAUCUAAAACCCAUGACUGAAAGAAAUGUGAAUGUGUUGCUUAGGAAGAGAAACCAUAAAUUUUUUUAAAGUCGUAAUGAGUUUAUGGAGAAUAUGACUAUUCU